CUGCUGUUCACAUUUAUGUUAUCUCAACUUAUGGAUCUUGUGCUGAACGUCGAUAAUACCGACGAUUUCACGGAUACUUUUUAUAUCAUGCUCGCCAUGGUUAUUUCUUGCUGUAAAAUGACCGGUCUCUUGAUAAACCGCAAGAAUAUAGGAACAUUCACCAGUAUUCUUACUCAGAAACCAUUUAUUCCACUGGAACCCGACGAAAAAAAGAUUCGUUAUAAAUUCGACAAGACGAUACAGACCAAUACUUUACGGUAUACGAUUUUGGUCGAGGCGACGUGUGCGUGCACCGCAUUGAUCUCAUUGCUUACGGAUUUUCGGAAAGGUAAAUUAACAUACAGGGAAUGGACACCGUACAAUUACUCGUCCAAAGUGGUGUUCAGCAUCAUAUACGCUCGUCAGUUGAUAAGCUCGACAUUCGGCUCUAUGGUAAACGUAGCCUGCGACAGUCUGAUUUGCGGAUUAUUGUUGCACGUAUGCUGCCAGUUGGAAAUAUUGGAGUACAGGCUCAAUAAGAUCUCGCUCGGGCAGAACAAACUGCGUGAAUGUGUACGUCAGCACGCCCAUAUAUUUAAGUUUGCAUUCAUGGUAAACGAAAAAUUCAAGAUAAUUAUUGCUAUUCAAUUUAUCAUAAGUACACUAGUCGUGUGUUCCAACUUAUAUCAAUUGGCGAAGAUAACGAUAAGCGCACAAUCUUUCCCAUUGAUAUUAUAUGCGUUCGCCAUGCUAACACAAAUUCUUAUUUAUUGUUGGUAUGGAAAUGAAGUCAAAUUAAAGAGCGUUCAACUUGCCGCUAAUAUCUUCAAAAUGAAAUGGCCGACACUAAAUCAAAGUGUAAAAGCGAGUUUGUUAAUAAUUAUGAAUCGCUCUCUAGUACCCAUUGAAUUUUCCAGCGCGUACAUUCUUACAAUGAAUCUCGAUUCUUUCGUAAGCUUACUUAGGAUAUCAUAUUCGGCUUAUACCUUAUUACAACAAAUGCAAGUAACAUGA